AUGAAGGGAUUCAGACAGAGAGUGCAUGAGCAGUUGUCGCGGGCAAAGGAUGCCAAUAAGUCAUCGAAGAAGAAGGACUCCAACUCCGCACCCCAACAGGCGUCCCUCGGCAUCCAUCCUCCACAGCAGUCGGCAUCUCCGAACCAAGGUACACCAACAUCGUCCACAACCUCCCUGAAUGAUGCACGAGGAAAAUCGCCAGACGAUGCCUCCCCGGCAGUAACUCCCUCAGGGGGCGCUGGCGCACCGGCUCAACAUUAUAUACCCCAAGGGGCUGGGUUGGCCGGUCAGCCGGUGAGCAAUGGCCCAGGAACCCCCACCAGACAGGGCCAGCCAGUAGCACCAAGUGUGAUCAUCAGCCCUAGCGCUCCGCAUGCCCCUCCCCCAGGUGCCGCCGAGACCAUGCCCGGAGACUUAGCACCACCGCGGAAAUCCCAUGUAUUCGAUCGCCUCCAAACUACCCCCAAGGACAUGUCGGAGGGAAUCCGGACUCCCAAACGGCAGCAUUCUUCGCGAUUUGACAUCUCUGAUCAGCGCCAGAGAGAGCUAGAGAAACUGCCAGGCUUCCACGAAGUCGCCCCAAACCGGCGCCAGGAUCUGUUUAUGCAGAAGAUCGACCAGUGCAACAUUAUCUUCGAUUUCAAUGAUCCUACUGCGGACAUGAAGUCCAAGGAGAUCAAGAGGCUGGCUCUCCAUGAGCUCUUAGAUUAUGUCGCCAACAACCGGUCUGUCAUCACAGAGCCCAUGUACCCUCGUGUCGUGGAGAUGUUUGCCAAGAACCUGUUUCGCCCGAUUCCUCCUCCAAUGACCCCCCAGGGAGAGGCAUUUGAUCCGGAGGAGGAUGAGCCUGUCUUAGAAGUGGCUUGGCCACACAUCCAGGUCGUUUACGAGUUUUUCUUACGUUUUAUCGAGAGCCAGGAUUUCAACACGAACAUCGCGAAGGCAUAUAUCGAUCAUCAGUUUGUGCUUCAGCUGCUGGAUUUGUUUGAUUCUGAAGACCCUCGGGAGCGUGAUUUCUUGAAGACAACCUUGCACCGUAUCUAUGGCAAAUUUUUGAACUUGCGGUCAUACAUUCGACGAUCCAUCAACAAUGUUUUCUUCCAGUUCAUGUAUGAAACAGAGAGGCACAACGGCAUCGCUGAAUUGUUGGAAAUUUUGGGUUCUAUCAUCAACGGCUUUGCUCUCCCACUGAAAGAAGAGCACAAACUCUUUUUGACACGAGUCCUUCUUCCCAUGCACAAGGUCAAAAGCCUGAGCAUGUAUCACCCGCAACUGGCCUACUGUAUUGUCCAGUUCCUGGAGAAGGACUCUACCCUCACGGAAGAUGUUGUUCUUGGAUUACUGCGCUAUUGGCCGAAGACAAACAGCACCAAGGAGGUUAUGUAUCUCAACGAAGUGGAGGACAUCUUCGAGGUCAUGGAUCCAGCUGAAUUCGCUAAGGUGCAAGAGCCUCUUUUCCACCAGUUGGCCAAGUCAGUCGCCAGUCCGCAUUUCCAGGUCGCCGAGCGUGCUCUUUACUUCUGGAACAACGAGUACUUCUGCAACCUCGUCAGCGAUAAUGUGGAAACCAUCCUUCCGAUCAUGUUUGCUCCACUUUAUGAGAAUUCCAAGGGCCACUGGAACCGGACUAUCCACAGCAUGGUGUACAACGCUAUGAAAAUGUUCAUGGAGAUUAACCCCCAGCUUUUCGACGAGUGCUCCCACGAGUAUACCGAACACCAGAAUAGCGCAGAUCAGCGGGAAAGGACUCGCAAAGACCGGUGGGAUUUGAUUGAACAACAAGCCAAGCGGCAAAACGGGGCACCAGCCCUGCCGCCCGCUCCCAACCUCAAUGUCCCGGAGCCGAUCGAUGAAGUGGAAGCUUUGACAACAGAUAGCCAAAAGCGGCUGAAUAACCUGAAGCUGGAGGAAUCCGAAGCCCCGAAGGAGCGCCCUGCUCGGGAAGGAACCCCAAAUUCGCCAGCGUGA